AUUUAUCAAACAUGUGGAGCCCCUUUGAAACACACACAGUCCGUUUCUCACAGUUCACGGAACACAAUCAUAGUAAUCAUUUGCUCCAAAAACCCCUCACAUUAGUAACUCUAAAACCUUUGACUAAAUUUUCCAAACAAUGUUGAAGAAAUGGUUUCUCUCCCACAAUGCUGUUUUAGGUAUCAUCACCACAAAAUCAACAACCCCAAAAUUCAACAACCCUCUUCUGCAUCAAUACUUCUCGUUCCCAAUUUCACUCACAAGAUUCUGCACCACAACAACACACCCAUUCGCUGUAUCAUACCUUGUCAACAAUUUUGGUUUCUCAACUGAAUCAACUCUCAAAGCUUUCAACAACAAGCAGGUUUUCGAAACCAACAAGGAUACCAUUGUUGGCUUAAUUCGAUAUUCAAGAUCGUUUACUUUUUAUCCCUAUCACUUUCUAGAGGCUAAUAUCAAUUUGAUGGUGGAUUUUGAUGUUUCUGAUUCUACCAUUGCUAGAUUGCUUCAAAAAAGGCCAUCUAUAUUUGGUUCAAAGGAUUUGAUUAUGUCAUUGGAGGAAGUUAAGUGUUUAGGGUUUGACGCUUCAACGACCACUUUUGGGACUGCUUUGAUGACCAAGCAAUGUAUGAGUAAAAUACUUUGGGAUAAGAAAGUUGACGUCUUUAAGAAAUGGGGUUGGUCUGAUGAAGAUGUUAUUCGAGUAUUUAGGUGUCAGCCUAGUUUGAUGUUGGCUUCAAUUGAUAAGAUUAAUUUGGUGAUGAGUUUUUGGGUCAAUCAAUUGGGUUGGGAUUUCUUGGCACUUACUAAAUGUCCACUUAUGUUUGGAUAUAGUUUACAUAAAAGGAUCAUUCCAAGGGCCUCAGUUCUGCAAUUUCUUUUUAUGAAAGGUUUGCGAGAAAAAAAUGCGAGCUUAGUUUCACCGUUUACUUAUUCUGAGAAUUUAUUCUUGAACAAGUGUGUUUUCAGCUUUAAGGAGGAGUCUGAUUAUCUAUUAAAGCUAUAUGAGGAAAAAAUGAAACUUGCAAAUACAAAAGAGAACAUUGGCAUGCCAUCCACCAAAUGUGUAAUUUAUUGAUCUUCUUCUUUUUGUAAUUUAACCUUAAGCUUGUUCCUUCUUUUAUUUGAAGUACUUAUUUCUUUCUACGAUAACGUGUUAGUAUUGUUAGAUUGUUUCAUCUGCUAAUUUGAACUACUGUUGGUUUUGUUCUCAUCAGUUUUAGUUGCAAUUUUGAUGCAUAGGUCUUGCAUUUAGUAUAUUGUAGUGACAAUCUUUUCAGACCUUGUUCAUGUGAAAGUUCAAAUGGUCUUGCAUUUGGUUAGGGAAUGUUGUCUCAUGGUAUUAGUUCUUCUUGUUUAUUUGGCUCAAUAAUCCAUAGUAUCUACAGAUUAUAUAUGCAGGUUCUCACAAUUUCACGAUUAAAGCUUUUAGCUUUAGACUUGUAAAUGCAUCUUUUAACUA